AUGAACACUGGGAUGAAAGCGGAUGUAACUUUCGACGAUCGCAAUGACAGAUUUGACAUGCGUGAUCUCAUACGUAAACAAAAUAAAUAUUACGGCGGUCCUGCCAUGGACCCACAAUCUUCAGAAGAAUAUAGACGCUAUUCCGGCCAGCAUAGAGACCAAUUUCCUAUAUUUAGAAGACGAGGAGACGAUUCAAGCUAUCUUAAACACAGGCGUCAAAGACAUAAAGGUAGAAUGACAAGAAAAUCAAAACCACUGAGUAAAACAAGACAGCAGAUGUUGAAUGAAAUAAAAAGGGAAAGAGAAGCUCGAUUGAAUAGUAUUCUAAACGAAGCAUUGCUAAGAAUAAACUCCGCGAGACGAACUGAGGAUUUCGCUUAUCAUGAUGAAAUGAUUAGCAAUAGUGACAAUGAAGAAGACUUCAAUAGAAAUCUUGAUACGUUUAAAACUAAUGUGAAAGAGAAUUCAGGUAAACUAGAGGAUGUUGAAGAUAUUCUGAGUAACUUAGUGUCGAAAGGCAGACGUAACAUUCCAGAUGAGGACCAAAAGGUUUUAUUGCAUUAUGCCUUUCCAGUGAACAUGAGGGUUGAAGGAUUUCUUCAGACUCCUUGA